UAGGCUGAAGCGACAAGCACAUCCAUCCUCGACCACACAUCCAGCAUUUAUCCGUGUGUGUGUGUGUCUGUGUGUGUGUGUGUGUGUGUGUGAGUGAGUGCGUGUCUCCGUGGAUUGUGUGGACUCCUGCUCCUGCACCGUGAAAAGUGUACGUGUUUUAAAAAAAAAAAAAAAAUGUGUUUGUUUUUUUAACGAGUGGAUCCUGCCUGCACCAAGUUUUUUUUUGUCUUCCACUCACAUCGGAGCAUGGCUGCGUGUCUCCGCGACUGUUGCUGAUGUGUGGGAUGUUCCUCCGAGCCGCGUGGGUCCUACUUUAGGAUCUGAAGAAGCGGUGUGAAGUUUGAGCUCUAGGCGAGCCGCAUCUGCAACAACAACAACAACGACGACGACGACGACGACGGCGGCGGCGGGUGUGAGGCGGUGAGUGGUCCAGACACAUUCAUUGGGAGGACGGCAGCCAGGAUGAGGUGCCUCUAUGACUUUUUAAAUUGCACUUAAAGGCAGCGGAGGAGAGCGCGGGCUGCGCAGCCUGACACAUCUGCAGGAGCAGACGACCUCAUCAUUGCAUCUGCAAACAGCCUCAUUCCAAGCUCUUUUUCCACAUCAGCGCAAAACAAAGACAUCAGAAAUGAAGAAGUUCCGUAAGGUGUUGGACGGCUUGACCACCUCAUCACCAGGUGGCGGGACUAUGGGAUCGCCGUCGUGUGGCAGCGCCGCCGGGACCCCCACCACCGCAGCGCCAACCCCCAAAGAGAUCGACGUGCAAGAGACGCUCGUGUCGGAAAACUUUCAGCUGUGUAAGACGGUGCGCCAUGGUUUCCCCUACCAGCCCACUGCUUUGGCCUUUGACCCUGUGCAGAAGAUCCUGGCCAUUGGCUCCAGAUCAGGUGGUGUUCGGAUACUGGGACGACCCGGGGUUGACUGCUUUUGUCAGCAUGAGAGCGGUGCAGCUGUUCUUCAACUUCAGUUUCUUAUCAAUGAGGGGGCUUUGGUCACGGCUUGCGCAGAUGACACAUUACACUUGUGGAAUCUUCGUCAGAGGCGGCCGGCAAUCCUGCAUUCGCUCAAAUUCAACAGAGAAAGGAUCACAUUUUGCCACCUUCCCUUUCAGAGUAAAUGGCUUUAUGUAGGGACGGAGCGCGGCAACACGCACAUCGUCAACAUCGAGUCCUUCAUUUUGUCUGGAUAUGUCAUCAUGUGGAACAAAGCCAUCGAACUAGCAACUAAAACUCAUCCAGGACCUGUAGUUCAUUUGAGUGACAGCCCAAAGGAUGAAGGAAAGCUUCUCGUCGGGUUCGAGAGCGGUACAAUAGUACAGUGGGACCUCAGGGUCAAAAAGGCUGAUUUCAGAAUCUACUAUGAUGAGGCCAUCCACUCAGUCAGCUGGCAUCAUGAAGGAAAACAGUUCAUGUGCAGCCACUCUGACGGCAGCCUGACCCUGUGGAACCUCAGAAACACCUCCAAGCCCAUCCAGGUCACUUUCCCACAUGGUAAAAUACAGAAAGAUGGGAGGAAGGAAUCAUGUAAACCGAUAUUGAAAGUGGAUUAUAAGACCUCAAGGAACAGUGAGCCUUUUAUCAUCUUCUCUGGAGGUCUUUCAUACGACAAGGCAGGACGGCGGCCCACGUUAACCAUCAUGCACGGCAAGGCCAUUACAGUGCUAGAGAUGGACUAUCCUAUUGUUGAGUUCAUGACUCUUUGUGAGACUCCUUACAAUAACGAAGUCCAGGAUCCUUAUGCAGUGGUGGUGCUUUUAGAAAAGGAUUUAAUAGUGGUGGAUCUGACGCAGAGCAACUUCCCUGUCUUUGAGAACCCUUACCCCAUGGACAUCCAUGAGUCUCCAGUUACAUGCACAGCUUAUUUUGCAGACUGCCCUCCAGACAUCAUCCCUGUCCUGUACUCCAUAGGAGCUAAACACAAGAAGACCGGCUACAGUCAAAAGGAGUGGCCAGUUAGUGGGGGAAUGUGGACGUUAGGCUCGCACACCUACCCGGAGAUCAUCAUCACUGGACAUGCAGAUGGAUCUAUCAAGUUUUGGGACGCAUCUGCAAUUACACUGCAGAUGUUAUACAAGUUGAAGACUUCCAAGGUGUUUGAAAAGCCAAAACCAAACGAGGGUCGUGCUGCAGAGCUGGUGGACGAUGACCCCUUUGCAGUGCAAAUGGUCAGCUGGUGUCCCCAAAGUCGCAUCUUCUGUGUCGUGGGGAUCUCUUCCCACAUCAUCCUGUACCGCUUCAGCAAAUAUGAUGCCAACACUCAGAUUGUGUCUCUAGAGGUGCGACUGCAAUGUGAUCCGGAAGAUGUCAUCUCUCCAUCCGAAAAUGAAAACAAUCCCUGCUUCUCAGAGCCCCACUCAGGCUCCCACUCUCCUCAGCCCCACCACCAACACCCAGUGAGCCCUGGCGGUGGAACACCGGAGUCUUUCAAAGACAGCACCCCCUGCCUUAAAGUAAAGGAUCGGGUGGUGCGGGUACCUCCUGGCUACCAAGCAGAGCUUGUGAUCCAGCUGCCUUGGAUCGAUGGAGAACCUCCACAGCAGAUUUCAAGCCUGGACAUCAACUCCGCCUAUGGCCUUUUGGCAUUCGGGAACUGUAAUGGCCUUGCGGUAGUCGACUACUUGCAGAAAACCAUCCUGUUGUGCAUGUCCACUCUGGAUUUGUACGGAGCCGCUGAUCCCUAUCAACGCCUUACCCGCUCCCCCCGUAGGAACAGACAGUCCACCUCAGAGUUUUGCAUGCGAGGCCUGUCUAACUUUUAUUCCGAUUCAAAGAAAAGGAUCCGUACAUCCUACCAGAGCCUUACUGAACUAUCUGACAACCAGCAGUCUGUUGACAUGGAGAGAAGCAAGUCGCCCACCUCAGUUCAUUACCCAACCUCCCUUCACAAUGACCCACGUGUCCUGCCAGAGCCUGUGGCCAGUCUGAGAGCCAGCCACUGCAGCCCAGUCUUUUACUUAUUGGACAAUGAUCAUGUCAAUGGGCAUUGCACUAGUCCCACCUCCCAGCCCUGCUCGGCGGGGAAGCCUCGCGUCCCGAUGGGUCCCGAGGGGCCACGGCUUGCCCGCAGAGGCCCUGGCCGACCGCCGUUCCGCAAGGCCCAGUCUGCUGCUUGCAUGGAGAUCUCUUUGCCUGUGUCCCACACGGAAGGUUAUGCAUCCAGGAGGGCAAUGCUCCAGCAGUUACAUGGAGUCACAAUGUACUCUCACGACGAACACCACACCGCCACCCCCUACUGCUGGAGUGACAGAGAGAGCCGUGAAAACUCCUUCAGCCGCUCACGCAGCUCCAGUGUCUCCAGCAUUGACCGAGACACCAAAGAGGCAAUCACCACACUGCAGUUUGGGGAAUCCUUCGGGAGAAAGAGCGACACUUUGCCCACACCAUGUCUCUGGGUUGGUACCAGCCUUGGUGUGAUCAUACUCAUCCCAAUGUCCAUCCCCACUGACCAGGAAGAGAGGAUGGAGGAGCCGGUCACUAUUGGUCCCUGUGGGGCAGUUCUGAUGCUAAAGGGCUCUGUGUUGCGCUUUGGCUUCUUGGACUGCAUGGGUGCACACAUUCAAAGCCCCUACGAGGUUUGGCGUGAUCUCAACGCCCCAGAAGACCCCGACCGACCACGAAAGCGCAAGCUAGUGCACUACUCGCCCUCAUCCUCCCAGGACACCUGCGGAGAGGGACAUCUGGCUAUCGUGUGCUCUGAGAGGCAGGCCAAAGUGUUCUUGAUGCCCUCGCAGUCUUGCCUCUUCGUCCACAACAUCACAGAGUCAUCCUUCGUCCUGCGGGCUGAUGUGGUGUCAGUGUGGAAUAGUGUUUGCCUCGCCUGCUUCUGUGCCAAUGGACACGUCAUGACGCUCAGUUUGCCAAGUCUAAGACCGCUGAUGGAUGUUAAUUACCUGCCUCUGACAGACAUGCGCAUUGCGAGAACCUUUUGCUUCACCAAUGGGGGACAGGCACUUUAUCUCAGUUCCCCGACAGAGAUCCAGAGAAUUACAUACAGCCAGGAAAUGUAUGACAAUCUGCAGGAAAUGCUUGGAGAGCUGUUUACACCAACAGAAACACCAGAGGCCCAGAACAGAGGCUUCUUAAAGGGCUUCUUCGGGGGCAAUGCUCACACAUUCGACCGAGAGGAGCUUUUUGGGGAGGCAGCAGCAGGUAAGGCUUCUCGGAGUCUAGCCCAGCACAUCCCCGGUCAGGGAGGCGUGGAGGGCAUGAAGGUGGCAGCUAGCGGGGCAGUGGGCGAGCUGGCCAGGGCCCGCAUUGCUCUGGAUGAGAGAGGCCAGAGACUUGGCGAGCUAGAAGAGAGAACUGCGCUGAUGAUGACCAGUGCGGAAAGUUUCUCCAAGCAUGCGCAUGAGCUCAUGUUAAAGUGCAAGGACAAGAAGUGGUACCAGUUCUAAUCACAAGGGACAAGUGAGGCCAACUGAUGGGUUUCUGGGGGCUUUGUGCCUGGGCAGAAAUUUUAACUCAGAUGAGAGCAAAUAACAGAGAGACUGAAGAAUGACUUUCUCUUUACGGCUUCUGGGCCAAGUGUGCCGCAUUGUUACACAGUAAGAGGAAAGGGGAGCUCCUCAUUUGAUCGUUUUCUGAGAAACAUGGGGAGAAACAGGAUGGGAGCAUUUAGAGGACUGGAUGUGCGCGUAUGUGUGUGAGUGCCUGUGCGCGUGUGUGUUCUGGCGGGGUUGGGUUUUCCGGACCUCACCGUGUAGAUAUUCAACAAUUAAGAAAUCAACAAGACAUGCAUGAAAUAAAAAAGGAAUGACUAUCAAAAUAUCAAACUGCCAUAUUAAAAAGCAGCAUGCUUACUUUAAUGCUACUUUGACAGGAGAUUCAAUUAUUAUUUUUUAUUUAAUUAUAUAGCCAACUACGGAAACUAUAAAAAAAACGUUCUAUUUUUUGAAAUAUUGACAAAAUCUAUAUAUAAAAAAACAAAUGUAUACCUGCAUCGCUAUUAAGCCAAAACUUGUGCUCUUUUCCUUUAUCACCUUUUCCUUUUGACUUUUUUUCAGCAAAUAUUUCUUGACACACUUCAAACGCACAUAGCUUUCUAUUCACAUACUAAAAUAAUACUACUACUGUUCAUACCAGGUACUCUUGGCUGCAUCUUAGUGCAACCAUGAAGGGAUUUUGUUAUUAACGGCAGUUUAAUCAAGUUUACGUUUGGGCUGCUGCUACUUUCAAAUACAAUCAAUGACAAGGCUAUAUUCCACUCCCCAACUGCAGUUUAUGAUUCAGAAAACAAUAGUUUGAGAUGUAUGCAAAGGCUUGAAGAACACACCGUAUCUUUAUAUAAACCUAUAUAUAUUAUUAAUGUGCCAUAAAAAGCAAGAUCAGUGCAAUCAGUGUAAAGUUACAAAGAGCUAAUAAGUGGUGGUUGUCAUUUAUUUCCUGUUACAAACAGAUGAGAAGUCAAUGGAUGUUAGUGGCAUUUACUGGAGUCAAAAAAACAUUUUCUUUCAUAAAACAACACUUAAGAGACUUACAUUUACGUCGAUGGUUCAACAUUUGGGUCUCUAGCUUAUCAUUGCAAGAUGUGCAAGUUUAGUAGGAAAUUAGGAUGCGUAUACGUGGAAGAAUGAGUACCGCACGUAAAAAAAAAAAAAAGUGUGAUAAACAAUACAAGAAUACAAUACACUAAGUCUCUGCCAAAGCAAUUAAAAAGGACCAUCACCCUAUCAUAUCGCUCCAAUUCAGAUGUUACAAGUUGUCACUUGUGUAUUUUCAGGAUUUUAAUGGACCUGCGUGUUCAUAACAGUGAUUGUUGCUGUCAAUGUGAUGGCAGUGCAAAGAGGAGUUGGCAUCACCUUCCAUUCAACCAACUUCCUUGUGAGUCGUUUAUCAGUAAAUGGUUCAGAAAACAAAACAAAACAAAAAAACAGUAUUUUCCAGUACUAUUCAGAUGUGAGUCAGUGAAGAUGUUCAUGUGUAAAACAGCAGCAAUUUCAACUAAAUUCAACUGUGUUACUUUCUUUCACUCAAUAUUGUUCUUGAUGAUUAUGGUAUCCUCUUGUCGCAGUCCUAUAUUUGAUGGUGAUGGCCUCACAAAUGGAAGGCUCUUGUAUGUGAAAAACAACAAAUGUUUCAUGAUACAUAGUGGUGUAUCAUAUUGUAAUUGUGCUGUACAUGUCAGUGCCACGCGACACAAGCCAAUGGCAUUGAGUGAAGAGGAUCUUUUGUACCUGUGUAUUUGUCUGUAUUUUAAAAUGAUCUGGGAAAAAAAAUCAGGCCUUUAUGCUCACAAGCAUCGACACAAAUUAAUCACUGCGCCUUGAUUAUGUUGAUAUCACACCUGCAUUUAGGUGCACAAACACACACAUGCAAAGUACAGAGAAAAAUAACCGUAGUGAUGUCUCUUUGCAUUUACAACUGCUUUUCAGGCUCAAAUUUAAUGGAUGAGCCACACGCAUUCACAAAUGGCAUUUAUUUAGAUUCAAUGAGACAUCUUAAACGUCAAAGAUAUUUCUCUGUACCUUCAAUUAAAUUCAUGUUCGACGUCGUCUGAAAGGCAGAGAAACGGUAUAAAGAAAAAAAAUGUGACCUCUACUGACAGGGUGUUUUAUUUAUAUGUUUCUGUUUAUUUGGUUUUAUAUAUUAACUGUACUUUUCAAUAUUGGGUGGAGCAAACAAAUAUAUGAUACAGAUGGGGUAUUUUUCUCUAUAUAUGUUGUACCCGUCACUGCUGGUACUCUGAAUCUGUCUCAACCACUGAAACUCUUGUUCUUCACACAGAAAUAUCAUUGGGGGGGAAAAAAGAAUUUCUCAAGUUUUCUCGAUGAUGGCAGCAAAGUUUGUCUCAUUGAAAUGGAUUCUACCACUUUUUCUUCUUAUGAAUAUUAUACUAGUGUAAUAGAGAUUACUUGACUAGAAGAGCUGAACAUAUGUUGAUGCAGAAGCAAACUGAAAUAAACAUGGAUUGAUGUACA